GCCACAUCUGGUCGACUAGUUGUAGCCAGCACCAGUAUCGCAGGUCGUUCAGUCGUUUGGGCAUGGAUUCCACCUGGAAAAAUGGUAACGCAAUACAAACGGCGCUUUUACAGCCGUCCAAAUGGCUCCCUCUUUAUGAGGACUUUGUGACCAAGAACGCUAGCUCUGUUGGCCAAGUAGAGUCGGCGCUGAGGUCUUUGACCUAUAUCAUACCAGGACGAUACCGAGAUUCGGAAAUACCGUCAGAAUGUGGUACGUCGAAGGGUCGGUCCUGAGUACACGGUGAUUCGCUCUAAUUUCAUGAUUAUGCAGUGCACUCUGGCGUACAGAUUCUAUCAUUGUAUCAUGACUCUCUCGUUGCUCGAGUUAUCUCGAGGCUACCGUCCACAAUACCCCGGCCCACACCAACUCCCCAUUCCCGGUAUACGAAAUAUUGGACAUCCAGUUCAGCCCUCUAUCACAGGGUCGCCUUGACUCUUCAAAUGAUACAAUAUACAGAAUUACUAUGGGAGAUGGUUGCGCGACGCCGCGGUGAAAAGAUCCGUUGGAGAGUGGUCGCGAUUAUCGAAGUCAUAAAAGCAAUUUGCCGUCUAUUCUUACUUCGUCUAACGAACUCCCGGCCUCUAGUCAGUCCUCCUUUACCCGAACGUGAGGUCGACCCAAGAUCGUUGGAUGGGGAGGAAGAAAAUGACUGGAACGGAAUGCAGACGCCAGAGAACGAGCGGCUUUCCGACCUGGGCUGGACUAUGCCGCGAACAGGCUUAUCGCUCCCUUCUCUUCCAGAUGUGAAUGACGUGUCCAAUUAUCUCAUUUCUAAGGUUCUCACGGCCGAUGACAUCAAACCGCCCAAGGCACUCUUGCAUCGCGUUACCGGUCAUGGUCAUUUAGCGGAAGUGCUCUAUAUUCUUCGACCGGUCUUGUAUGCUUUAGCGAUGCAACGGUGGAGAGGAGACAAGAAGAGUUGGAGGCCAUGGCUGAUUGGCUUCGGCAUGGAGUACGGCUGCCGACAGCUUGCCAAAUCUGAUUUCAAAGAAAGGGUCGCUGGUGGUCUUCGCGGACUAACAGGCCUUGAGCGCGAGGAACUAAGGAAACGGGGAUGGGCUAUGGGCUGGUGGUUCUUCCGUGGAGCGUUCUACGAGAACAUAACCAAAUCCUGGCUGAGAGGUUUAACCGGGAAAAUGAAGGGAAAACCUAUACUUGAUCUGGUUGGAAGCGUUGUUGAAGACUACGAAUAUCUGUGGGAUAAUUACUAUUUCUCGACUGCGACGCUAUAG